GUGGUAGCUGUACCCAUCGGGAACCAGAAAGGCUAUGAGAAAAGACUCUCUGCUUCAAAAAAGGAGUGCCAAGGAAGUGCUGUAAGAAGGACUGCUGGAGAAACAGAAGAGAGUACUUCUGAGAAUACACGGUGCCACGUUGAGACCCCACAGCCAGUUGAAAACUACAUCAGUGAAGGAGAGUUUGAGGACGAUCUGAGUACUUCUACCCCAAGCACAACAGAGCUGGAGGUACGUGGAUCCAGCCAAGAAACAGAUGAAGAUUAUUUUGAGACCGUGUCACAUCAGAGUGGAUCUUUGUCAGAUGUAAAAACUGAGCCUUACGAGAGUGCAUCAGAUACAGAAUCUCUUUCUAGUGACAUAGCUGGGAACACUUGCUUGGAUUCAAACUGCCUGUUCACUGAAAAAAAAACCCUGGGCUGUAAUUUUCCCAAAGAAAGGGCAGAAACAACCUUCCAUGGACUGAAGUGCUCCAGGCAGCCAGAAUUCACCCAGCACAUACAGUUCGGAUUGUCCUACAAAAUAAAAGCAGCACCAAGCAAGACUGAAUUUUGUGUACAGUCAGCAAGGGCAGAAGGUGAAGAACUGGGUGAUGAAGAACAAACAUUCUCUAGUGAUAUUUCUAUCACAGAGAACAAAUUCCAUGAAGAGGGCAUUGUAUCACAGGCAAAGAGAAGUUCUGUGGCAGCAUUGCAAAAUAAAGCAGAGUUAGAAAGCUUUAAAGUGCAAUCCUGUACCAAUCCAGUACCUACAGAAGAUGAUAUUACAAGACAGAGGGAACAUCCUGCAGUAUUAAGCAUUGAUUGUUUCAAAGCAAACUCAGAAAAUUGUUUGAUUUUUCCUGAGGUACAGCAAUUUUCCUUCCAGUCAGAUGCAGUGUCUAGCUAUAGUUUACCUAAUCUUCAUUUUGAAACAAAUGGACCUAACUCUAAAAGUUACACUGAGACAUCUGACUAUAAGUGUGAGUUAGAUUCUAUGUCCAGUAUAAAAUGCAGCAGGAGGAAUUCAGCUGACAGUGAGGAAACUACAGGCAAAAGGAUAAAACAUGGACAUACAGAGACUAUGCUGACAUCAGAUUCACUCUUUUACCAGAGUUGCUUCAAACCAAAAUCUCGGCCACCACACACAAGGUCAGAGAUUACAGAAAGUAAAACAUGGCACAGUGUACCUGAAAACAUCAGUGUUCAAAGCCAGACAGAAUAUGUGGGGAGCUGCAUUCACCUUACAAACAAAUUCAGAUGGUCAUGUUCCAGAAUACAUCUUCAAGGGUUGGAUUUUGAAUGCACUUGGAAAAACUUAGGAAGGGUACCUAUAAGCCCUGAGCCAGCAAUAAAAAUAGAGGGUCAGUUUGGCAUAAAAAGAUCUCUUCUUGAUACUGACACGAACUCAAAGGAGUGUCAGGUUUCUCAACCAGCAGGCUCUCCCCAGUGCAUUGAUUAUUAUUUGCACUCUAAAUCAGAGACAUGUGGCCUGAACCCAGAGCCAGUCGGUACCUGUGCUGACAGCUUAACACAGGGUGAUGCUUGUGAGUGCAGCCCCAAACAAAAGCAGACUUCCUCUGCCCUGGACUGUGAGCCAGUGACCAUAAACGCUGAAGAACUCAUAAAAAGUGAUGAGUACAAAGCUGAAAGAGCUCUGGAAGCAGGCAGAUUCCCCUGUGAUACUGAUGUUGAAUUGGGCACUGGUGGCACUGAGAACCUUGCAGCUUCUCAUGUAAGUUUUCCUGCUGUUGUGGAAAACAGAGAUUGGGAUUAUUCUGUAAACUGUGUUUCCAAUAGUGGAAUAGACCAAAAAUGUUUGAAGGAGAAUGGCCUUGAAUCAGAACUGUCAGGUAUGACAAUUGUGGCAGGAGAAAGAUGGGCAGAUCAUUCUUCUAAUCUUGACUUUGGUUGGAAAUUCCUGGAAACCACAGUACAAUCAGGUGGCAGUGACACUGGGACAGAGCACGAAGAGCCACUGAAGCAAAAUACAAGUUGCAAAACUGGUACCUUAAGGAGCGACUCUGAGCUAGUAACAAAUGAACAUCCUACUCAUAAGGGAAAGGAUGAAGACAGUGACAGCGCCUUUGCUGUUGAAAGGACUCCCAGAUCAAAUUAUAUAAGCCAGAGGAGGGAUCUAAUGAUGGUUCCAGAGUUAAAGCCUGCACUAAUUAUAGUCUCUGUAGAGCAGAAAGGAUUACAGUCCAAGACACUGAAUGAUGACCUUCCUACUGAAGUGGUAACCAAGAGAUUGAGAAAUGUAGUGAGGAGGGAUUUGAUAUCUCUUUGUACUGUGAACAAAGUUCAUGAUGAGCCAGAGAGAGUUCUUGGUGAAAACUGUAUCCGUAAAGAACAAAUUCUGGCCACCCAUCCCAUUCCUGGCAGUGCAGAGGUACCCCCUGAUAGGGAUACAGCUAAAGUAGAACCAGAAGUUUCAGAAGAGAAAAGAGAAAAAACCGAUGCAGUUUCAUCCUUAGGGUUCACCUGUAGUAAUCCCACAGUAACAAGUGAGGAAGUGGAAUUCAGGAGUGUUACUGUACCACUGAGCAAUGAUACACUUAGUGCAGAAAGUCAGACAGGUCCCUGUGAAGAAGUGCUCAUAAAAUCACACAGUACAGGUGGUGUGAAGGUCUCUGAGGAAGAGCCCUGCAGAACACAGACUGAUUUUGAAUUAGAACAGUUCAGACAGUCAGGCUCCAGAAAGCCUGGAACAAGAGAUUCCUCUAAGGAAGAGGAAUUCAAAGCACAUCAAGGCAGAGAGGAAGGCUUAUAUAUAAUUAGUGCAGCUACACUGGAAACGAGCAGCAGUGUAAGCAGUUUGUGUCCGGGAGAUGGUGCUGAUGACCUUCAAGGGCCCAGCAUUGUCUCUGAACAAGCAGUAGGCAGGCAAGGAAAUGAAGGCUGUAAUGGCUCAAAGGAAGAAACAGGUAUUUGUGAAGGACCUUCUCCUAGGGAAGGAAGGCAGGGCUCUGCUGCAGAAGACACUGCUAACCCCAGCAAAGACAGUGCACUCAGUCUAGAUGUGUCUGAUGUCUUUGAUGAGUCUGUGAACAGGGAGAUCCAUAACACUUGCAUGCUGGGCCUGGAUAAUAUAAGUACCUGCAGCACUAACAGCGAGGAAAUGGAUGACAACUUAUCCCACAUCCUGGGAAGUAACAGCAGUCUCUAUAAAGCAGUGCAGAAGCCAACAAAGAAUGAGAAUAGUGGGAAAGCUUCCAGGUUUUUAGUAUUCUCAAAGAUGACAUCUUUCAGGAAAACUAAGCCUGCCACAGCAGAAAAUCAGGGAAGUAGCAGUUUCUUUGGCAGCAAGGCAAAGAUAGAAGAGCUGGAAGCUGGGAAAGAUGAUGAAGACACUGCAAGUUUACUGUCUUUGAAAAGCUGUCCAUCUGGUUUAGUCUUCCACAGGAAGGAAAGUUACACCUCAGAGUACUCUGAUGAUGAUGAUUUAUUCUAUGAGAGACCCCCAGGAUUAUUCAACAGAUUGAGCCUGAGGAAGGCCUCUGGCUCUGGUCGGAUACUGAUGGAAGACAGAGAUAUGAAUUCAACUUCUCCCUGUUUGGGACCUGUCAAAUAUGCAGAUCGACAUGUUUCAGGUUCAUCUGAAAACAAUGAUGGUGAACCUGUGGAGCACUCUGGGAUUAGAAAAUCAUUCCCUGAAAGCGAAUACAAAAGGAACAAAACCCCUGAGGGCAAGAAGUUCAAGACAAGGUUGGCCUUGGCACACAAAUCCCUCUCAAGCUUAUUUGAGUCGAGAUCUACAGAAAAGGAAAACACUGAGCAAAGUUCGAGAGUAUCACUGAAAAAUGAAAAGGAGAAAGCCAAACUUCGCCAGAGCACCUGGAAAGCUUUUCUAAAAAGCAAGGAGGCAGAUGGACUAAAAAGGCCUGUCUUAGCAAGUUUAUCACCGACACAGGAGGGUCUGAGUGCAAGUGGUGGCCACGUGAUGAGAACACCAGUAGAACGACAGGGUAGUUCCAAUGGACACACGUUUUUUAAAACAGAAGCAGAUAGUGGCUCCAACUAUUUUGACAACUCUGUGGAACCUGUUGAUGUCUCUUCACCUGCAGGUAUGUGGAGAAGACGAGUACAGUCCCAUGACUUGGGCAUUAAAUACUCACAGAGUUCUGACUGUGAUGAGCAGCAGGAGGUUCUCAGCAACAGUUUAAAUACUUCCCUAGAAGAAUACUGGAUGAAAUCUCCAUUUAGCCCCACUGACUUGCAGUUGGCAUUCAGUCAGUCAAGUCCAUCAUGUCCCCACCACUCAAAUUCCAAUGGUAAAGACAUGCCUUGUAGGCCCAUGAGUCCUAAACCGCAGAGUCCACGAUCCACUUCUCACCAGAGGACCUUCCGUUAUCCUGGAAGAGUAUGUGCCACUUCGAUGAUUUCUCUUGGGAACAGCCCUGGAGUUGAAAGCAAUUUGGAGGCUCCUGAGAGACCAAAGACAUUGAAACCCAGAGGUAGUCUCUUACUUUCUGUGCACUCAUUGGACGCCGAAUACCAAAGGGAUGACAGUGGCAUAAGCAGUCAAUCCCAGAUCAGCUUAAAUACAGCUUCUUCCGUUAGUGAUAUGCUCCAAGAUGAGUGCUGUGCCAAACUGCACUGGAUCAGCUUGUCCUGGACACCUCUGGAUGCCACCUUGGAGUCUAGACAGCAAUGUCAAACUGCACCUGAAAAGAGGCCAAAUAAGAAGUGGGUUCCCCACCGCAAAAGGAGGCCCCCCCGGGUCCCACCAUCCCCUCGCCCUGGCUCCACCCUGGAGAGCAAAGCCUGGAGGCUUUCCUGCCUUGCUCCAGAUGAAAAAGCUAAGGAGAUUCCAGAGAGGAGGAGGAAGAGACCUAAACCCCUCUAUAAGUGCUUCAGCUUCGAUGAUGUUUGGAUGGAGAGGAACCAAAAAAGGAAACUAGAGAAGGAGACACAGCCAGAGAGAGGGGCUCAAUCGCAGCAUCUCCCAGGGGACCCGUUAAAAGCUGGAAUAAGUCCAUCCAUCACAUCUCCUGUUGCCUUUGACAUCCUGCCACUGAAACUGCACCCAUUUUCGCAGAGCACUCCGACAGGCCUGGACUGCGUGGGCUGGAAACGGCGCAUCUCCGCUCCUGUGAUCGCUGACGGGGCCCUGGAUAAAACGGCUCUGACGGACGAUGUGGGAAGCGAGGAGGACCUGUAUGAGGAUUUCCGGAGCUCCAACCACCGCUACGGCCACCCCGGGGGCGGCGGGGAGCAGCUGGCCAUCAACGAGCUCAUCAGCGAUGGCAGCGUGGUGUACGCAGAAGCCCUGUGGGACCAUGUCACCAUGGAUGACCAGGAGCUGGGAUUCAAGGCCGGCGAUGUCAUUGAAGUGAUGGAUGCGACCAACAAGGAGUGGUGGUGGGGGAGGAUCCUGGACAGCGAAGGCUGGUUUCCAGCCAGCUUUGUUCGGCUGCGGGUGAACCAGGAUGAGCCCAUGGAAGAUUAUCCUCUGAAGGUGGAGGGGGGCAGAGAGGACGACUCCCGGCGCUUCGGGAUGGGCCAGACCACCAAAGACCAAAUGAGGACCAACGUCAUCAACGAGAUCAUAAGCACAGAGAGAGACUACAUCAAGCACCUGAAGGACAUUUGUGAGGGCUACAUUAAGCAGUGCCGCAAGAGAGCUGACAUGUUUACAGAGGAACAGCUGAAGACAAUCUUUGGGAAUAUUGAGGACAUCUACAGGUGCCAGAAGAAAUUCGUUAAAGCACUAGAGAAGAAAUUUAACAAAGACCACCCACAUUUGAGUGAGGUUGGCUCAUGCUUCUUGGAAUAUCAAACAGAGUUUCAGAUCUACUCCGAGUACUGCAACAACCACCCCAACGCCUGCAUGGAGCUGUCCCGCCUCACCAAGGUCAACAAGUACGUUUACUUCUUCGAGGCCUGCCGGCUGCUGCAGAAGAUGAUCGACAUCUCCCUGGACGGGUUCCUGCUGACCCCCGUGCAGAAGAUCUGCAAGUACCCCCUGCAGCUGGCUGAGCUGCUCAAGUACACCAACCCCCAGCACAGGGAUUUUAAAGAUGUCGAGGCUGCCUUAAACGCCAUGAAGAACGUCGCCCGGCUCAUCAACGAGAGGAAGCGGCGGCUGGAGAACAUCGAUAAAAUUGCUCAGUGGCAGAGUUCCAUAGAGGACUGGGAGGGUGAAGAUGUCCUGGUCAGAAGCUCAGAACUCAUCUAUUCCGGGGAAUUAGCCAAAAUCUCCCACCCUCAAGCCAAGAGCCAGCAGAGGAUGUUCUUCCUCUUUGAUCACCAGCUCGUCUGCUGCAAGAAGGACCUUCUGCGCCGGGACAUUUUGUAUUAUAAGAGUCGGAUCAACAUGGAUGACAUGGAAAUACUGGAUGUAGAAGAUGGGAAGGACAAGGACUUCAAUAUCAGUGUGAAAAAUGCAUUUAAGCUGCACUGCCGAGACACUGAGGAAGUCCACUUAUUCUGUGCAAAAAAGCCUGAGCAGAAACAGCGCUGGCUGAAGGCGUUUGAGAACGAAAGGAGGCAGGUGCAGCUCGACCAGGAGACAGGUUUUUCAAUCACCGAGGUGCAGAAGAAGCAGGCCAUGCUGAAUGCCAGCAAGCAGCACCACGCUGGGAAACCCAAGGCUGUCACCAGGCCCUACUAUGACUUCCUGAUGCGGCAGAAGCAUCCCACCCUGCCCACCACACUCCCUCAGCAGCAGGUCUUCAUGCUGGCAGAGCCCGCGCAAGCCCUCGAACUUCUGGCAGAACAUCAGCAGGCUGACGCCCUUCCGGAAAUAGGGGCGGCCCCACGUUUGUGCCUGAACCUCUUCUGAGAAAGCACUUUACCCGUCAGUCCUGGGAGGUGGAGCCCAGGUUCUUCCAAUCCUUUGUUUACGGAGGAUGGCACAUGUGCUCCUGCCUUCCCUAUUUAUUUUGCAGCCCGACUGACCGCCCUGGUUCCGAGGUGAGACACUGCGUGUGCAUUUGUGCCGUGGAGCCAGCCUUGCACAGCGCCCACGAGGCAGAGCUCCAGGAGGAGCUCACAGGAGGGAGCCUGACACGCUUCAGCUGAAGAGAUUUUGCUUGUCAGCUGUAGUUGGACUCACUCCUUCCCACUGUGCCCACCACUGCUGUCUGGCAGCUGUCAGAGGGGGUGGCAGCUGACAGACCCACUGCCGUGCUCAGAACGACAGUUCAGAGUCACUGACGUGACACACUGGCCGUGGAGGGACAAACCCUUCUGCUCUGCCCCCUGCCCCACGUUUCUCAGAGACAUGAUCCUCCUACACAGGCCCAACUAACUCAGCCUCUGCAGGCCCUCAGACAGACACAGUGAGUACAGCACUGUGACCUCUUCUUUCCUCUAGUCCAACACCACUGGUGAACGGUAUCGUACAUUAAACUGUGCCAACCUGCAGCAUGAGUCAAGUUCAAGAAUCUCUCUAGUGGGUUUGAGUUACAUAAGUUAGAGAAAAAUGUGCCUAAUUAAUACCGUACUCAAUUCCUUAGAUUCUCGUCUCUCCAUCAUUCUGCCAUAUUUCCUGGCCAAUGAAAAUGCUCAUUGUUUGUAAUGUGUUUAUUUAUGGUAAAAAUCAGAACUGUGUAUUUUGUAAGUCUGUAAUUGUUCUUGUCAGAUGUUGUUAACUUGAUGCCUGUUUUGUCUGUUUAAUUUUUCUUUUUUUUUUUAAAAAAAAAGGUCAAUAUUUGCAAACCCGGCUCCCAGAAGUCAGAGUCUGCUGUUCAACUCUGAAACACAAUUGUUAUGCAAACUCCCACAGACCUUCUCAAAUUCAAGGCGUGUUAUUGACACUUUUAAAAAAUGGAAAACCACUUUAAAAAGGCCUAAAUUUGGCAUAAGGAGCCUCAUUUAAGUACCCAAGUUUCAAACCGUGGCCAAAAAGAAUUAAUUUGAACCUUGGUUAGCAAAAGGAAAGAUUUGCCUUACCAUAGCGAGAGUUAGAAGCCAUACUGACUGAAUUCCCUAGCUUAGGAGACAUCCUGUGACAGUGGAAGGAAGACUCCUGCUCAUUCCAACUCGACGCUGUGUGAGUGAGCACUAACUGUCUGCAGAGCUCAGAAAUCCAGUGUUUGUUGAUGCUGUAGCUGACCAAAGUCUGGUCAUCCAGGGAUAUCUGAAUUCAGUAGCAUGUACAAAGUCCUUCUUGCACUAUAUCUUCCCCCCAGACCAGGGGCAACAUUUAAUUUCAUAAAGAAACUUGUAAAAGUGA